UAAAAAGUUCGGUCAUUUGGCUACAAUAACUGAGUGUUUUAAUUUGUUGUGAUUAUAAUUUAUAAAAAUUUAAUUUUGAAGUUAUGAUUAAUAAAUAAGCGAAACUAUGUGACGAUAGUUAAUAGUAAAUAAUUUAAUUAGUAGUUACAAAUAGUUGAUUAAUUGUAUAAAAAAUCAAACAGACAUUUAUACGGAAUACAAGAGACUUUAAAUCAACGAGAUGAAUACAAGAACACUAUACAGUGGGAUGAAAUAGAAGAUCUUUGUUCCACUAUGACUAGCGUUGUUCCUAAGGUUGCAGUAAUUGGCUGUGGAAUUGCAGGAGCAGUUUGUGCUUCAAAUCUAGCUAAAAAUGGAGUUUCAGUCACCGUUUUUGAUUUAGGUCGAGGUCCUGGCGGCCGCAUGUCUCAGAGAAGGGACAUUACAAAUGAGGGAAAAGAAUUGUUUUUUGACCAUGGUGCUCCUUACUUCACCAUUGAAAACACUGUUGUUUUGGAUGUAAUUAAGGAGUGGAAGUCAAGAGGUCUGAUUGCUGAGUGGAAAGAAAAGUUUGGAGCUUUUGAUUGCAUUUCUAAAAGUUUCAUUGAUUCUGGGGAGGAAUUAUCAAGCAGGAAGUAUGUAGGCAUUCCAGGAAUGAAUUCUAUAUGCAAAGCAUUAUGCAAUGAGCCAGGAGUUGAAGGUAAAUUUGGUGUUGGUGUUGCAAAGAUGGAGUGGGCAGUUGAUCAAAAAACAUUUUCACUGAUUAGUUUAGAUGGGAAGUUUCUUGGUAAUUUUGAUGGUUUAGUAGCAACCGAUAAGAUUCUUGCAUCUCCUGGGUUUACCUACAUAACUGGACAACCACCGCCACUAAAUAUGAAUUUGGCACCACAAUUGGCAUUAAAGAUAGAACAAAUACCUUUCAGAUCUUAUUUUGUUCUCAUGCUGGCUUUCAGUGAGCCUUUACACGCUAUUUCCGUGAAAGGGUUCUCAUUCAUACACUCUGAAGUUUUGAGCUCUGCCUUUUGUGACAGUAGUAAGCCGGGCCGUUCUUCUGCCAGUGAAUGUUGGGUCUUGCAUUCUACCGAGGAGUAUGCUAAGAAAGUGAUAGCUGAUGCUGGACGCAAAAAGGCUUCUGAAGCAACGUUGGCAAAAGUCUCUGAAGAACUUCUUCUGGACUUCCAAAGGACUGGACUUUGCACCUCUCAGCCUUAUUUCAUGAAAGCUCAUCGAUGGGGCAGUGCCUUUCCAUCUGCGAGCAUAGCCAGAGAAGAUAAGUGCUUAUGGGAUACAACUAAGCCAUUGGUUGCUUGUGGAGACUUCUGUGUGAGUCCAAAUGUUGAAGGUGCAAUUCAGAGUGGCUUGGCUGCUGCUUCUAAGCUCAUGGAAUUAUGUCGUAAUACAUCGGAAACUACAAGUAACUAGGCCAAACUAUUGUGCUUCAGAUUAUUAUUUUGGAAAACUUGCUUGCUUUCUGCUUAGAUAACACAUCAAAGCAUUUUAUAAAUUGGUCAAUAAAUUUAACCGUCUUCUAUACGUAUGAUGUAAUCCUUUAUAAGUUUAAAUCUCCUUUAGAAGAACGUGGUCAGUGAUUAGUACUGGUGUCUAUGGACCUGUACGUAUUAUUCUUUUUAGUUCUCUCUUUUUCUUGGGUUAUAGCCUUAAUAGGGCAGGUUAGGCAAGGGGUCAAUGAGAAUCGAACCCAGUCAUCGUCCUAUGAAUAUGGUGCUUGUUGCAAACUCGUCACUGGGAUGUUAUCUUGUAAUAAAUGCUGGCAAUAACUAUAUGAUUUUGGAAUAAUGUUUCUAUAGGUUGUAACUCUUUUUGGAUUGCUAAACAAUGAUAGGUCCUAAUUUGCAAUUA